AUGGAGGAAGACGAGAAUUGUGCCUCCUGUGCACAAAGUCCAGGUAGUGUUGGGCAUUUAGUGGCUUCAGCCAGUACUCAGGUUUCGGAAAUUUCGUGGGGCUCAUGUUUGUGCCACUGUGUGAAGAUCGAAGGAAGCGAAAAGGAGGAGAAAGUAAAUUUCACGAACACCAGCUGGUCUCGAGUGGUAUCUGCUGCCAAAAUUCGCCAGGACGGCACAUGGGCCUUUCUCUGCCAGGAGCAGUGUAGCACGGAUGAGAGCACCCCGCGUGGCUGGUACCAUAGGCGCUGCUAUGCAGCCUACACCCACAAGAAGACUCUGAGUCGUUUUGAGGGAGAGGAGAGUGGUGGCCUUGCCAGCAAUGUUGACGCAGAGGAGGUGGGUGACGCAGAUGCCUGUGAGGAUGAACCUCCCAAGAAGCGUGUUAUGACACGAAGCAAAGUGACAACCAUCGACAUCACUCUCACGGUGGCAGCACUGGAGGCAAAGAAGACGACGGCAGUUGCAGACGACAAUGUGUACGAUAGAGCCUUUGAGUGGCUGGCUGUAUGCAUGGAGAAGGAGCUCUUCAGUGAGACAGAAAUACGAGCGAUGCGUAUGGACAGCCUGACGUCCAAGUACAGCGCCAAGCUGGCAGAGCUCGGAGCUGCAAGUCAAUACCGACGAUGGCUGCUGAAGAAGCGCCUGUUGGAGCAUUUUGGAAAACGCAUCAACUUCGUCCGUCUUGGUCCAUUGUCACCCGAGAGCGUUGUAAGCAGCUCCUUGACAGAAUCACAACUGCUACAAGUAGUUGGUGCAGCAGUAGCCAAGGCUGAGGCAGCCCAGCAGUGCGCCGACGAAUAUGCUGGAGAUGAUAUGGCGGAUGACGAUGCACCUCCAGCUAUUGAUAGCAGCUGCAAGGUACAUGCCUUCCACACAGCCAUGGCUCUGAACAACGCCAUCCGUGAUCAGCAGCCCACAAUACCCACCAUGCCACAUGCCAGUGAUAUCGUAAAUGAGAAUGCGCCAGUGCCAGACAUCCUCUACAAUGUGCUUGCCAUGACCAUUGUCGGCCCUGAGAAGUGUGACAUUGGUGACCUGACGGACUCCCGUGUCCAUGUCCCUGCCGACAUCCAUUGCAAGAUUUUGGCAAUUGCUGAGGAUAUUGUGUAUGCUGCAACUCGUGGAUCUAUUCUGACACCAAAGCACGUAGCUUUGGCGCUUACUGUCCACCACCACACGAGGAGCAAGCACAUGGUGGAUCUUCUCAACCAGUUCGGCCAUGGCAUAUCGUAUUCAAAGCUGCGAGAAGUAGAAACCGGGUAUUCUCUCGAAGUAGCAGGAAGUUCCGCAGCCAGCAGUGUUGUAGUACCCCGUGGCAUUUCCCAGCAUGGAGGUGAUGUUCAUUUCUGCUGGGACAAUAACGACCUCAACGAGGAAACUCUGAGUGGCCAAGGGACGACACACUGCACCAACGGCAUUGUGCUCCAGCACUCGCUGCCCUUCCAGGACGAUCCGUGUCCACCAGAAAGUACGAGCCGUGCCGAGCCAGGUAACCAACGCCGACCGCGAAGUGUUGCCCCACCUGCAGUUCCGAGCCUAGAAUACAACUGCGGUGCGAGACCAAGACCUCCUCCAAUGGCCCAUCCAGUUCCUGAUGCACAAGGCUCGAUUGACCCAUUUCUCACUGUGGCAUCGAUUGACCUGAUUUGGUUCUUGUUGCGCGCAGACCAGACGGUAUCACCGAAGUUUGGUAGACCUGAUGACGAGUCACAACUGGUACCCGCAUGGUCCGGCUUCAAUGCUGAACUGAACCAGUCAACCGCGCCAGGGACACCAACAACAGUCGGUUACCUGCCGAUCAUCUCAGCAUCGCCUACAGCCAUGAGCACAGUUUAUGAGCUUGUUGUCCGGUCCCUCCGCACAUCGAAGAAGCUGAAUCAGCCACAUUGUAUCAUCACCGCCGACCAAGCAGUUUAUGCCAAAGCUGUGGAAGUUUGCUGGAAAAAUGCUGAGCUGAAGGAUGUAGUCCUUCGCAUGGGUGCAUUCCAUACGUCGUGUGCCUUCCUUGCUGUUCUUGGGAAGAGGUUUGGCAGUGCUGGCUUGGAAGACCUCCUCGUCGAGUCAGGCGUAGUUGGCAGCAAUGCGUGCAAGCAGGUGAUGGCCGGCAAGCAUUACAACCGCGGUGUUCGCCUCCAUAAGCUUGCCUUUGAGUGUCUGCUGGGAGUGAACUGGAAGCUGUACGAGGACAGCAUUGAAGGUGGAGGAGACACGGUGUCAAGCGAUCUUGAAGGAACUUUGUCAGCAUUGCGCACAUCUGGUAUAUUUGAUGGUGCUGAGUCAGUAACCAGUUCAUCCAGCUACCAGAAACUUGAGCAAGGGUACCGAAAGCAUGUUCAGCUGCAACGCACCAGCCCAGCAUCACCCAUGGCCCAGUUUUGGCUAACAUACCUCGACAUGGUUGGCCUGCUGCUUCAAUUCAUCCGAGCUACGCGGACAGGGAACUGGUCGCUACAUCUGGCAUGCAUAGAGAACAUGUUGCCAUGGUUCUUUGCAUACGAUCGACAGAACUACUCCAGGUACCUGUCGCUGUAUUGGCAACAAAUGCGUCAACUGCCUGCUACCAACCCUCCUGCCCACAAAGCCCUAUCAGGAGGUUGCUUCUCUGUUGCAAGUGCAUGUAACGACCUCGUCAAAGCGGAGGACUAUGAUGGCACAGCACGUCCACACAAGGACAACACAGACAGCAGAAUGAAACGGGAUCAAAGCGACUAUGGGAAGCUCGAAAAGCGGUUGGCAGAGUUCAGCCAUCCGUUCCUUGGUGAAGAUUUGAUCAGCCUCUCCAGUGGGAAAGUCUGUUCUGCUCAAGCAACCUCCGAUCUCCUAUCCAGUCACACGCAGGGAAAGAGUGCAAUGAGCAAGUUCGUGGCAGACCGCUUGGAGAGUCAGGCAGUUGAUUUCUUCACACCGAUAUCACGGCUGAACCUGAAGACGUUCUCGGAAACCAAAUCUGCAGCAAAGAAGUCUUCCAAGACAACAGCGAUCGUGGCAGAUAGGAGCUUAUUCGGCCGGCUACUAGUUAUGGCUCAAUCAAGGUCAUUCGACUUGAAGGAACUCUUCCAGCAUGAGCUUGGACCAGUCCCAUGGGCCCUGGCCAACGCAGACGGAUCCCUUGUGAAGACUCCAAAGAGUAAGCUGCUGCUUGCUCUUGAGAAGAAAGUUGACCCACUGGAGUCAGUUCCGCGUGGUCCUGCUGUUAUGGUCGACGCGAUGGCAUUACUGCAGAGCUACACAUCUGCGCCACCGACAUUCGGACAGCUCAGCGAACAAGUCUUCAAGCAGCUAGUCUCCUACCUUCCAGCUACACCUCCAGCACGAGUUGACUUCGUAGCAGAUCAAUACCACACUGCGUCGAUUAAGUCGUGCGAGCGCUCAAAGCGAACGGCCUCAACUGAGCCCCUGCGAGUGGCAGUACAACGUCCAGACCAGGCUAUUCCUACUCAGUGGAAGCGGUUCAUGGCAAGCGGAGCGAAUAAGGCCGGCCUAAUCCAGUUCUUCGCUGACCAUUGGAGUUCUACACCGGAGCUCAAGGCAACAUUGGGUGUCAGUCGCAGUGUAUUCAUAACCGUGGGACAGCAGUGCUACGUGUUGCAAGAAGAAGAAGGGAAAUGGACACUUUCACGGCACCAGGUGUCCAGGUUGACCAGCAAUCAUGAGGAAGCAGACACCCGGCUGAUCCUUCAUGCCGCUGAUGCUGUGCAGCAAGGAUUCCCAGAUGUUGUCAUUCGGUCGCCAGACACGGAUGUAGCCGUGAUUGCCAUUGGCUCCGCUAGCAGCAUUCCCGGUCGGCUCAUAUUCCAGACUGGCACGCAGCAACGGAGGCGGUUCAUCGACCUUACCCAGCUGUCACAGAAGCUGGGCCCCCUGGUUUCGUCUGCAAUUGUUGGACUGCAUGCUCUUACUGGGUGUGACAGUGUCAGUUCCUUUUCUGGGAAGGGAAAGACUGCUCCGCUGAAGCUGCUCCUGUCAAGCACGCGAAUGGCAGAGGCACUGGCGACACUGGGUGUCAAUGCUACAUCGGAUGACCAGCUACUUUCUGAAUGUGAGUGGUUUGCGUGUGCCUUGUAUGGCAAUCCUGGCCAGCAAGACAUCAACAGCCUGCGCUACCAAAAGUUCUGUGCGGCCACAUCCUGUGCUCCGCACAAACUACCGCCCUCACGCGACGCUCUCCAUCAACAUGUGGCCAGGGCUAACUACCAGGCCCACAUUUGGCGGAGCGCCACCACUGCGAUGCCAGAAGUACCGAGUCCAGUGGGCCAUGGCUGGCAGUCGGAGACUGACGGCACGCUUUCCAUCUCCUGGAUGCUGCAGCGCGUCGCUCCUGCUGACAUACUAAAACUGGUGAGCUGUGGGUGCAAGACAAGGCACUGCGUAAGUCAGCACUGUUCGUGCAAGAAGGCGUCCUUGGCUUGCACGGACAUCUGCUCGUGCUGCUCAUGCGCCAAUCCGUUUGGGGCCGUACUCGAACAGAACGACAGCUCCGGUGCCGCAGAUGUGGGAACAACUGCAUGUGAAGGCGACCAAAACAGUGAGAGCGAGGAAAGUACUGGUGCUGACGACUUUGAAGAGUCUGACUCCAGCUCAGAUUCUGAUGAGGAUCCAGAUCAGGAGUUUGACGACUCGCUGUAGACACUGGCAACUGCACCGUCCUCCCCUGGUCCAAGCCACCCAUUGUGUUUGUGAAUUAUGGCUAUGGCUGUCAACACACCUAACCUGUUCACACAUUGUAUAUAAACUGCUUGUACAUAGCUUGGCUUCUAAAGUGAUGACGCUAUCAUCCUACAUUUUAUUCCAAUGUACAUAUUAAACUGGGCAUAUUGUCCAUGAAUUGCACAGCACUGGACAUGUCUUCCUCACUACAGUUGUAGUAUUUAUUUAUUUCAUUUUCGAUUGAGUAGUGACUACAAUGCGUUUAUAUCAUUUCUAGUCUUCUCUAACUCUAAUUUAAUCGAG